AUGCAGGAGGAGCUUACGAAGUUGAAGAAGGAAGCCGAAGACCUUCGAGCGGAGCAGGCGGACCUCGAAGCCCAGAUGGGCGCCUAUCGCGAGCUUAUACAGAGGGCUCGGGAACACUGCAGAACAGCUUUGAAUAAGCCAAAAUUUGCGAACCCCCUAUUCUCCACCGAAGAAAUGGCAAUCCGGAAAGACGAGUACGACCGCAACCUUAGCGGGCCAUGGCUAUUGGAAAUGGAGUCACGUAUCGGGGAGAUGCAAGAGACUUUCGGGUUACUCAUUGACAAAGCCAGAGAAAUCAUGGCUCGAUUGAAUGCUUUGAUCAAGUCAUAG